CGCGCUGCGCUCCGGGCGGACCAAGGGACGUGCUGCAGCGGGCCCAGCCGCGGGGGCCUGGCCCCGGUCUCGGAGCCGAGAUCCGCGGGACGCUGUCCCGUCUGACGCUCGGCUCGAGGCCUCUUCGUGCAGGACCGGGGGGCCAUCGCCCUCCAGGGCGGAGGGCGGAGGUUGCAGCUAGCUGCCAAGCAUGGCGCCUGCCUGGGGCCCCGGCGUGGCGUCUGUGGCUGGUCCCGUGGGCCUCCUCGUGGUCCUGCUGGUCGGAGGCUGCGCGGCGGAAGAGCCCCCCAGGUUCAUCAAAGAACCCAAGGACCAGAUCGGCGUGUCGGGGGGCGUGGCCUCCUUUGUGUGUCAGGCCACGGGGGACCCCAAGCCGCGAGUGACCUGGAACAAGAAAGGCAAGAAGGUCAAUUCACAGCGAUUUGAGACGAUCGAGUUUGACCAGAGCGCGGGGGCCGUGCUGAGGAUCCAGCCGCUGCGGACGCCCCGGGACGAGAACGUGUACGAGUGUGUGGCCCAGAACUCCGCCGGGGAGGUCACCGUCCACGCGAAGCUCACUGUCCUCCGAGAGGACCAGCUCCCCCCUGGUUUCCCCAACAUCGACAUGGGCCCCCAGCUGAAGGUGGUGGAGCGGACGCGGACAGCCACGAUGCUCUGCGCUGCCAGCGGGAACCCCGACCCCGAGAUCACCUGGUUCAAGGACUUCUUGCCUGUGGACCCCAGUGCCAGCAACGGGCGCAUAAAGCAGCUGCGGUCAGGGGCCCUGCAGAUCGAGAGCAGCGAGGAGACGGACCAAGGCAAAUACGAGUGCGUGGCCACCAACAGCGCCGGCGUGCGCUACUCGUCCCCCGCCAACCUCUACGUGCGAGAGCUUCGAGAAGUCCGCCGCGUGGCUCCGCGAUUCUCCAUCUUGCCCAUGAGCCACGAGAUCAUGCCCGGCGGCAAUGUAAACAUCACCUGCGUGGCUGUGGGCUCGCCCAUGCCGUACGUCAAGUGGAUGCAGGGGGCCGAGGACCUGACGCCCGAAGACGACAUGCCCGUGGGGCGGAAUGUGCUGGAGCUCACGGACGUCAAGGACUCCGCCAACUACACGUGCGUGGCCAUGUCCAGCCUGGGUGUCAUCGAGGCCGUGGCCCAGAUCACGGUGAAAUCUCUCCCCAAAGCCCCGGGAACGCCCGUGGUGACCGAGAACACAGCCACCAGCAUCACCAUCACGUGGGACUCAGGCAAUCCAGACCCUGUGUCCUACUACGUCAUUGAAUAUAAAUCCAAGAGCCAAGAUGGGCCGUACCAGAUCAAGGAGGACAUCACCACGACGCGCUACAGCAUCGGCGGCCUGAGCCCCAACUCAGAGUACGAGAUCUGGGUGUCAGCCGUCAACUCCAUCGGCCAGGGGCCCCCCAGCGAGUCGGUGGUGACCCGCACGGGCGAGCAGGCGCCGGCCAGCGCACCGCGGAACGUGCAGGCGCGCAUGCUCAGUGCCACCACCAUGAUCAUCCAGUGGGAGGAGCCCGUGGAGCCCAAUGGCCUGAUCCGGGGCUACCGCGUCUACUACACCAUGGAGCCCGAGCACCCCGUGGGCAACUGGCAGAAGCACAACGUGGACGACAGCCUGCUGACCACGGUGGGCAGCCUGCUGGAAGACGAGACCUACACGGUGCGCGUGCUGGCCUUCACCUCCGUGGGCGACGGGCCGCUCUCAGACCCCAUCCAGGUCAAGACGCAGCAGGGAGUGCCCGGCCAGCCCAUGAACUUCAGGGCUGAGGCCAAGUCGGAGACGAGCAUCGGGCUCUCGUGGAGCCCCCCUCGGCAGGAGAGCAUCAUCAAGUACGAGCUCCUGGUCCGGGAAGGCGACCACGGCAGAGAGGUGGGGAGGACCUUCGACCCGGCCACAGCGUUUGUGGUGGACGACCUCAAGCCCAACACGGAGUAUGCCUUCCGCCUGGCGGCGCGGUCUCCGCAGGGUCUAGGCGCCUUCACGGCCGUGGUGCGACAGCGCACACUGCAGUCCAUCUCGCCCAAGAACUUCAAGGUGAAGAUGAUCAUGAAGACGUCGGUCCUGCUCAGCUGGGAGUUUCCCGACAACUAUAACUCCCCCACGCCCUACAAGAUCCAGUACAACGGGCUCACGCUGGACGUGGACGGCCGCACCACCAAAAAGCUCAUCACGCACCUCAAGCCCAACACCUUCUACAACUUCGUGCUGACCAACCGCGGCAGCAGCCUGGGCGGCCUCCAGCAGACCGUCACCGCCUGGACCGCCUUCAACCUGCUCAGUGCCAAGCCCAGCGUGGCCCCCAAGCCGGACACGGACGGCUUCAUCAUGGUGUAUCUGCCCGACGGCCAGAGUCCCGUGCCUGUCCAGAAUUACUUCAUUGUGAUGGUGCCCCUACGCAAGUCCCGUGGCGGCCAGUUCCUGACCCCUCUGGGCAGCCCGGAGGACAUGGAUCUGGAGGAGCUCAUCCAGGACGUCUCCCGGCUGCAGAGGCGCAGCCUGCGGCACUCGCGCCAGCUGGAGGUGCCCCGCCCCUACAUCGCGGCUCGCUUCUCCUCGCUGCCAUCUGCCUUCCGCCCGGGCGACCAGAAGCAGUACGGGGGCUUCGACAACAGGGGCCUGGAGCCCGGCCACCGAUACGUCCUCUUCGUGCUGGCCGUGCUGCAGAAGAGUGAGCCCACGUUUGCGGCCAGCCCCUUCUCAGACCCCUUCCAGCUGGACAACCCAGACCCCCAGCCCAUUGUGGACGGGGAGGAGGGGCUCAUCUGGGUGAUCGGGCCUGUGCUGGCCGUGGUCUUCAUCAUCUGCAUCGUCAUCGCCAUCUUGCUCUACAAGAACAAACCCGACAGCAAACGCAAGGACUCCGAGCCCCGCACCAAAUGCCUGCUCAACAACGCGGACCUCGCCCCCCACCACCCCAAGGACCCCGUGGAAAUGAGGCGCAUUAACUUCCAGACGCCAGGUGCGUGCCCACCGCCGGGGCCGGGGUCCACAGCCGGGGGAGGAGGCAGCCGCCUUGGCGGACCCCCGUCUGCCCCUGUGGACGAGGAGGAGGAAUCCAUUGAUCCCGGCCAGCAGUUCACCUGGGAGCAUUCCAACCUGGAAGUAAACAAGCCCAAGAACCGCUACGCCAACGUCAUCGCGUACGACCACUCCCGCGUCAUCCUCCAGCCCAUCGAAGGCAUUGUGGGCAGCGAUUACAUCAACGCCAACUACGUGGACGGCUACCGGCGGCAGAACGCGUACAUCGCCACCCAGGGGCCGCUGCCAGAGACCUUCGGCGACUUCUGGCGCAUGGUGUGGGAGCAGCGCUCCGCCACCAUCGUCAUGAUGACCCGGCUGGAGGAGAAGUCACGGAUCAAGUGUGAUCAGUACUGGCCCAACCGGGGCACGGAGACCUAUGGCUUCAUCCAGGUCACGCUGCUGGACACCAUCGAGCUGGCCACAUUCUGUGUUCGGACGUUCUCUUUGCACAAGAAUGGCUCCAGCGAGAAACGGGAGGUCCGCCAGUUCCAGUUCACGGCCUGGCCGGACCACGGGGUCCCUGAGUACCCGACGCCGUUCCUGGCUUUCCUGCGGCGAGUGAAGACCUGCAACCCGCCAGACGCGGGCCCCGUGGUCGUGCACUGCAGUGCCGGCGUGGGUCGCACGGGCUGCUUCAUCGUCAUCGACGCCAUGCUGGAGCGGAUCAAGCCGGAGAAGACGGUGGACGUGUACGGCCACGUGACGCUCAUGCGCUCCCAGCGCAACUACAUGGUGCAGACGGAGGACCAGUACAGCUUCAUCCACGAGGCGCUGCUGGAGGCCGUGGGCUGCGGCAACACCGAGGUGCCCGCCCGCAGCCUCUACGCCUACAUCCAGAAGCUGGCCCAGGUGGAGCCCGGCGAGCACGUCACCGGCAUGGAACUCGAGUUCAAGCGGCUGGCCAACUCCAAGGCCCACACCUCCCGCUUCAUCAGUGCCAACCUGCCUUGUAACAAGUUCAAGAACCGCCUGGUGAACAUCAUGCCCUACGAGAGCACGCGGGUCUGUCUGCAGCCCAUCCGCGGCGUGGAGGGCUCCGACUACAUCAACGCCAGCUUCAUCGACGGCUACAGGCAGCAGAAGGCCUACAUCGCGACGCAGGGGCCGCUGGCCGAGACCACGGAGGAUUUCUGGCGCGCGCUGUGGGAGAACAACUCCACCAUCGUGGUGAUGCUGACCAAACUGCGCGAGAUGGGCCGGGAAAAGUGUCACCAGUACUGGCCUGCCGAGCGCUCCGCCCGCUACCAGUACUUCGUAGUGGAUCCGAUGGCUGAAUACAACAUGCCUCAGUAUAUCCUGCGGGAAUUCAAGGUCACAGACGCCCGGGACGGCCAGUCCCGGACUGUGCGGCAGUUCCAGUUCACGGACUGGCCGGAGCAGGGCGUGCCAAAGUCGGGGGAGGGCUUCAUCGACUUCAUCGGCCAAGUGCACAAGACCAAGGAGCAGUUCGGCCAGGACGGCCCCAUCUCUGUCCACUGCAGCGCCGGCGUGGGCAGGACCGGUGUGUUCAUCACGCUGAGCAUCGUGCUGGAGCGCAUGCGCUACGAGGGCGUGGUGGACGUCUUCCAGACGGUGAAGAUGCUGCGCACCCAGAGGCCGGCCAUGGUGCAGACGGAGGACGAGUACCAGUUCUGCUACCAGGCCGCGCUGGAGUACCUCGGAAGCUUCGACCACUAUGCAACCUAACACCAUGGUCGCCGCCGGCCCCGCGCCGCCGGCCCCGACACCCCCACCCCUACCGGGUGGGCCCCUGGAGGCCUG